UUCCAAUUUAUGUUAUUUGUGAGCUUUUCGAAUUGCCCAGGUUUUCUCUUGAGGACAGAGGAGGCUAGGAAAUGUCGCUAUAAUUCACAUCCUGCUUAGCUCUUUUCAAACUACAUAGCAAACAAAACAAAGGCGGGACGAUAUUAUAAUGCUUAUUACUGGAAAAUGAAGUCCAAGUCUUUUAUAUUCAGACGAAACAGGCAAUCAUAAAACAGAAAUAGGAGCAUUAUACAUGUUUAACAUGCCUAGAGAAUAUGAGAACGGAAACGUGUAUGCUGUGUUUUAUAACUGAAGAACACCCAGGUCAGUCGAUGAUCGCUUGAUUUAUGUGUUCUAGCCUGCUUGUAUGUGUUCUUGGCCAUGAUAGUAGCGAUGCCAUGGGUAAGGUUACCUGUUUUUUUUUUAAUUAUUUAUUUUUAGGUGUUGUUUUCAGUGGCUUAUCUCUUAGUCAUACUGAAAUUUGCCAUGAUAAAUAUGUUUGAGCAGGUUUAUUUUGGAAACUUUGAGCUACAGUGACUCAGCAUUUUGAAAAUUAAGAGAAAGUAAAUAUGUUGAUUUGGGGAGAUUUUUGGCUUAUUUUAGAGGAUAUCAACACUUCAGUUCUGGAAUUUAGUGUUGCAGAGGAGAGAGGGGAAGAGAGUGUAAACAUUCACACAGAUCGUAUGGCUAUUCCUCUGGAAACUUCAACAGUUCAUAAGUUCUUGAAAAAUUAGUUCAUGCUUGUUACUCAGCAAAUAUUUAUUAACUAAACUAUCAGAAUAUUCCAUCUAACAUAAGUAUCUUCCUGUCUGUUGGUCCUUGCAUGUCACCUGACUGUGCGGUCUUCAUCUGGACCAAGUAGUUAAGCAUGAUGCAUCCCACAGCAGUAGGUGAUGGGUUUCUGUCCUUUACAUUGUACGUCAUUUGGAUCACUCUGCUGGAACAAGAUAAUGUGGUCUUCAGCCCAUUGAAGGAAAGGGAAUACUUCUUCAUACUUAUGAUGAUUUGACAUAAUUAACAUUUUAUUAACCAUGAUGGCAACACAGACAUUAAGUAUAGACAACUAUCCAGAUGGACAACAGAUGCAAGUAGUAACAGAGUUAAAAACUGAGCAAGAUCCCAACUGCUCUGAAACUGAUGCAGAAGGGGUGAGUCCUGCCCCUGUAGAAUCUCAGACUCCAAUGGAUGCAGACAAGCAGGCCAUUUACAGGCACCCGUUGUUUCCCUUGUUAGCACUAUUAUUUGAAAAAUGUGAACAAUCUACACAAGGCUCAGAAGGCACAACUUCUGCUAGCUUUGAUGUAGAUAUUGAAAAUUUUGUAAGGAAGCAGGAGAAAGAAGGAAAACCUUUUUUCUGUGAAGAUCCAGAAACUGAUAAUUUGAUGGUAAAAGCAAUCCAAGUUCUUCGUAUCCAUCUGCUUGAGCUAGAAAAGGUUAAUGAACUCUGCAAGGAUUUCUGUAGUCGUUAUAUUGCCUGCCUGAAGACAAAAAUGAACAGUGAAACUCUAUUAAGUGGAGAGCCUGGAAGUCCUUAUUCACCUGUGCAAUCUCAGCAAAUUCCAAGUGCCAUUGCAGGCACACUCAGUCCCCAAGGGAUUAUGGUGCCAGCAUCAGCAUUGCAGCAGGGAAAUGUAACUAUGGCAACAGUAGCAGGGGGGACAGUGUAUCAGCCAGUCACUGUGGUCACCCCACAAGGUCAAGUGGUGACACAAGCACUGUCACCUGGGACUAUUCGGAUCCAGAACUCUCAGCUUCAGUUGCAAUUAAACCAAGAUCUAGGCAUCUUGCAUCAAGAUGACGGCUCAUCAAAAAAUAAAAGAGGAGUUCUUCCCAAGCAUGCUACGAAUGUGAUGAGAUCUUGGCUUUUUCAGCACAUAGGGCAUCCAUAUCCAACAGAGGAUGAGAAGAAACAGAUUGCAGCACAAACAAAUCUGACACUACUCCAGGUUAACAACUGGUUUAUCAAUGCUAGAAGGCGAAUUCUUCAGCCCAUGCUGGAUUCCAGUUGUUCUGAAACUCCAAAAACAAAGAAGAAAACGGCUCAGAACCGACCAGUUCAAAGGUUCUGGCCUGACUCCAUUGCUUCAGGAGUUGCCCAGCAGCAAUCUAAUGAGCUCACAAUGUCAGAUGGUGCUGUUGUAACAAUUACAGCUCCAGUCAACAUGAAUGUAGACAGUCUCCAGUCUUUGUCAUCCGAUGGUGCUACUUUGGCUGUUCAGCAAGUUAUGAUGGCAGGGCAAAGUGAGGAUGAGUCUGUAGACAGCGGUGAAGAUGACGGAGGAGAUCUCUCAACAACAAAUAUCAGUGGGCUGGUCUUGGAUAACAGUGAUUCUCUGCAGUAGGAAGCAAGAGAGUGUGACAAAACGUUUAGGAAAAAGAAUGGACUGACUGACUGUUUUUAUAGUUUGCACAGCAAACAUUUUACACAAGUUUUGUUUCUAAUAUGUUUUAUAUGUAGAUAUAGAAGGGUGCACUUUUUUGUAUUUCAUAGUAAGCUUAAAGAGUGUUUUUGCAGGUGCAGCAACUUCUUUCAAAUGUGUUUUUUCAUUUCUUUUCUUAUUUCAGAAAAUUAUAUCGAGUAAUAUAAAGAACCACAUAAGCACCCCUUUGUUCUAUGAAUUUGAAGUGCUGCAAUUUCUAAAGAAUUACGCAGUUUCAACUAGUGCUGUUAUUUAACACAUCUCUUGAUGGGCAGGCGAUGUAAAUUUAAAGCAUGUUACACUAGUGUGUGCAACUUGAUCAUUAAGUUAGAUGCAUAUAUUUGAAAGAUGCUUCUGCACCUUAAAAACUGCUAGUCUGAGGUGGACAGCAACACACAUAAAAAGAAAAUGUUGAUGUGUGAUUCAGUAGCGAAUGUAUGGCAAUUUAAAUAAGUUUAGUUUCUCUCAUAGUCCGUGAGCCUGUUUAUCAUUUGCUAUAAAAACUCCUAUUUUUACCUUACUGGGGUUAUUGGAUAAAAAAAAUAUUUUUAUAAAUUCACUAGGAAUUGGGAUGAUGGCUGUAUUAAGCAGGAGGAGAAAAAAAAAAAAAGAAUUUCCAGAGGGGAAAAAUAAAUGUUUAGUAUUCCUAUUUGGAAAGUCUGAAAACUGACCCAAUUUAAUAAACGAGCCUACGCUAGCGUUCUACGAUUCUCAGCUAUCACACAGUGAUAUACUAUAUUUGAUAAUAGCAUAAGAAGGGCCCACUGUUUGAUGGGAUUUUUGAUAUUGUCAAACAUUGAUUUAUAUUAUGUGUAAACUAAUAUUCAGAUUACGUUAACUCUCUAUCUAGACUUGUAUCUGAAGAUAUUUGCUAAAUGAGUAUUCAGGUAAGUAAAUUCAAAUACCCACAGCUUUUCCAGUUAUUAGAGAAAUUUAAAAGUUUAUAGUUUAUACAACUGAAUCUGAAAAACGAAAAUUUGCCUACUAUACAGUCAUGAAUUCUGCUAUCGAUAUUUUAUUGCAUUGGAAAUAUUUUCCCCUAAUGCAAGAAGAAAUAUAACUUCUGGAUUUAUAUAAAAUUUCUUCAAAUCUGAAAGUUCCUACCAGGUUAUACAGCAGGCUUUAUUAGAGUAGAAAAAUCCUUGUGUGUCCUUCAAAAACUAAGAGCUAGUAAUGUAAACACUUUUUUGUGUUAACGGUUCCCUUCUGUCUUUCUCAAAAUAUGGAGUCUGUGUCUGUCUAUCCAUGAACACUUACUUUUGGAACUUUGUAUUUCCCACUGUUAAGGACAAAUAACAGACUCCAAGAGUCUUGUUGGUAUGAACAACAUUCUCUCUUCCCCCUGUCCACUUAUCACAAUAUUGAGUUAGAUGAAAGCCAGAAUUUCCUUCUCAUUUAGACCAAAUCUAGUUGUGUUUCUAGCGUGACAGGGAAGAACGUGUUAGCUUUUAGAAUGUUUAAACAUUGUCUUUGAACAAAGCCCUUUGACAGAUGCAAAUAUUUAAUUGAAAACUUAACUUUUGCUUCACAAAACACUCAGGCAUGUGCUUACGUCCCGCACAUGUAGUAGGAUUAACGCAUGUACUUUUUGACAUGCUUAAAUGAUUGGAAGCUGAUCUUUAAAGAUUGUCUUCCAUGGCAAGUAUAAGUUGGUAUGAAGAAAGACUUCAGAAGGAAAUGUCAAUAGCUUCGGCCUACAUACAUGGAGAAUAAUACUAGUUUUCAACUACUAGUAGCUGUUUUGAAAAACUGGUGUUGGGUUUUACUCAACAUGAGUGAAUUUUCCUCUGUGGCUUUCGCUUAUUCCUGGCUGAGAAACUUGCAGCUUUGUUCAAAUGCUGUAAUGAUCUACUCCAGCUGGAUUCAUAAUUUUUAAAGAAUUUGCUUUCUUCUAAACUCUCUGCUUCACCACUAUUGUGCCAUGUUUUUUAAAGAGCACGGUAAAUGAAUAGUGAAAGAUUUAAUCAAGAAGAUUUUGACAUGGUGUAAGUAUCUCAGAGGCUACUGUCAAAUCUGGUUUGACCCCACAACAUUUAAAAAGACAGAGACCAUCUACAAAUCAUGCUCCUUUGGAAACAUACAACCUACUGCUCUGACAAAGGAUACCUGAGAUGACUAGAACCAAGAGACAGAUUCUUUUUUACUUCUUUUUAUUUGUUUUUUUUAAUGUGACUCCAGAAGUGCUUCAUCACCCCCACAGUUUCCAUUAUAUAGUAGGUUAUAUUUGUUGUUUUUUGGGGUGAUUUUAUUCAGCUACCCUUUUUCAUAUUUGAUAGUGCAUUGAUCUUUCUACUUGUAGACAGAUUAAUAGUCUACUUCUUCGUGUAUACAGGCCUAUGGACAAAGACGUGCUUUUCCAAAUCAGCCUAUGCUGGAGGGACAGACCAUUUCUCACCCUGAGCAUUUCCCUCCCUGUCUCAUUUCCCUCUCUGAGCAGUUGUUGCUUCCUUAGAUGUAAUACCAGAGCAUUCCCUGGCCUGCUUUGAGGUAGUCUAGGAAACAGCUCUGCCAUUAAAUCUGCUGGGGUAGCAAGUAGCCAUCAGUGAAGGAAAGGGUAAACCAAAAGGGGAAAAACUUCUGUGGUUUGGGGAUAAUGUGGCAAUGGGCAUUUGCCCACACUUCAAAACUAGGAGAACUGAAAUCUUAAAACAAUUUAUUAUCUAUACAGCUGGCUGAAAGAGACUUGAGGAAUAUGUUGUUUAUGUGCCACGUGGAACUCAUUUCAAAACAGCCAGGCAUCAGGGUUUGCAAGCUUCUGAAAGUUUUAAUUUUUCAGAAAGAAACCAUUAUCUGGUUAGAUUUUAUUAUUCCUCCCACUUGACGUGCAGCCGAAGCUUCAUUCUUCUGAAGCAUUUGCGGCCUUGUCUUCAGGUAGUUGAUCAAUACCUGGGAAGUGAAGUUGGCAGAAUUUACUGUGAGAGGGGCAGUAUGGAGUAGUUUUACUGUCAAAUUAGAAACAUAAAAACAUAAAGAUAUGAAUUCCUACAGCUGAAAAGGCUUUUCAGAUGUUAUUAAAGGUUAUUGCUUAACAAAUGGAACUCAAACCUUGUCUUUUAAUUCAGUGAAAAUUCUGUAGUGGGUAUGAACUGUACAGAAGUGCUUGUUCUUUUCACGUGUUUAAAAAAAAUAUGUAGUGUCCUUCAUUUUUUGCUGUGUUAAGAAAUAUUGCUGAUUUAAGCAAAGCAUCACUAUUCAGGAAAGGUACAUGUUUACAUUAGCUCAAAAGUCUUUAUCAGGGGACAUAAUUUUAAACCUAUGUGUAAUUCCUCCCUGCCCUGAAUUAAAGACCUAUUCAUAUGCAAUAGACUUCAUUUGUUUUUAAAAAUCAAUGUAAUUCUGCAAUUAUGAUUAUUGAAACUUUAAAGGUUUUUUUCAAUGUAAUCUAGAUCAUUAACCCAAAACAGGGUUCCUUGUCUAAUUUUUCUGAGAUUUCUGUAAUGGGCAAGGCAAUUUCCUGUUAUUCUUUUAACUUUAGAAACAUUGUCUUUUAGUGAAUCAGUUCCAAAUUGAUCAGGAUAUGUUUUUACAUUUCUGUUUCAAAGAAAUGCUCAUGUUGGAAGACAUUUAGAAUCAACAACCCUGGCUCUGGCUCUGCAGAGUUUCCUAGAUCUGGAUAUUGGGUCAAAGUGAAGUCCUGCUGACCUCCAUUGAAACUCUGUAAAGCUACGUGUCGGGCUGCAUUUACCUCCAAGAGAGUUGUUUUCUUAUUCCGGUCCCUGAUCACUACUAGGAACUUUUUGGAGAGCCCUGCAACUUUAUCUUGCUUGCAUAACUAGGUUUCCUUCCAGUGGAAACCAGAGUAUGGACAAAGGAGUUAGAAGGACAGAAAUUUGUGUUGACUUGGUGUGACAUCAUUUUCAUGUUCAAAAUAUGGCCAUAAGGCAGACCUGUGCUGAGGAAUUGAGAGUUCCCAGUUCUUGUGCUUUAAGAGUAGCUUCAGGUUUAUGGAUAUUCUAGUGGAGUAGGGCCACAAAGACUUAAUGCAUGAAUAAUUUAUCUGUUUGUUUCUCUAAUCAUGUGGAAAAAGAAUUAGAAGGCAGUUCAGCUUCCUGACUUUAUGAAUGUGACAGUCCAAAGGAUGAAACAAAGUCUUUCCAAGGGAUGAUAGUUCCAUGAAACCAUUAGACUUGUGGCACUUCAAACAGACAAACAAAACCCCAAAACAUCCUUGUGUUUUGAAGAAUUGGAACACAUUCAUUUAAUUGUAAUUGAAGUUGAUUUAAAAUUUAUUUUCUGAAGCUGAGUCGUCUUGGGAGAAAAAAAAAAGAAUAAGUAUUUGUUCUAUGCAAGACAUAAAUGUCAAAACUGUGUGAAUUACCAGUUUUUAGGUGCUGUUAUUGUUAUUGUCUUUCUGACUUCUGUUACUUUGAUUAGUCUUUUAAACCUAACAGCCUUAUAUUCAGCUUAGUUUUUAGAGCUGAAUAGGCAAAACGUAGUUUUGAAAUCCUGUUGGCAAUGUAACUAGCCUUCAUUCCUUCAUGAAAAUCUUGCAUGUUAAACAAUUAAGUGGAAUGUUUUGGUUUCCUAAUAUAUUUAAACUCUCACCACCUUCUAAAAACGGAGCACAUCUGUGAAAAUGCACGUUUAAUUGUAGUGUGCAGAUGAUCAAAUCAUCAGCCUUGUGCUGAAUACACUUUGCUCCUUACUGUUCAGUGUAGCUGAAUAGUAAAGCAGGUUGGUUUUGCCAGACUCAAAACCCGAUGUGGAUUCCUUCCCUCCCACUCCCCUCCCUCUGGCCCUUGGCUUGCUAAGCUCCUUCAGAUAGAAUUGUAGAAUCGCAUGGUUGGAAAAGACCUUUGAUAUCAUCAAGUGCAACCGUACCUGUCUGCUACUAAAUCAUAUCCCUGAGCACUUCAUCUACUCAUCUUUUAAA